AUGUGGGCGCCGGGCGGCCCCGGGCCUGCGGGCUGGGACCGCCGCAGGGUGGGCGCGCGGCUGCGCGCGGCGCUGGCCGGGCUGCAUGAGCUGCAGGGCUUGCGCGCCACGCAGCAGGCGCGCGUGCGGGGCGCCCUGGCAUGCAGCCCCCGCCCGGGCCCGCCGAGCCCCGGUCCCCGCGGCCACGAGCUGCGGCUGGAGGCGACGCUGGCCGCGCUGCAGGAGCAGCUGUCACGGUUAAGACGACAGGAUGCUGGCCUGAAGACACACUUGGACCAGCUGGACCAGCAGAUAAGCGAGCUGCAGCUGGAUGUGUGCAGGUCAUCCUCUGAGGCCCCGGACAGUGACAGCAGACCCAGCUCAGGCUUCUAUGAGCUGAGUGACAUGGGUUCCUGCUCCCUGUCCACCUCCUGCGCCUCUGUGUGCAGUGACCGCCUUUCCCCCUCGCUGGGCAGUUGGCUGCCUGCCUUCCAGCCCUCUAAGGCCAGGCCUGGCAUGGGAGAUUGGCGACCCCGAUCUGCUGAUGAGACCACUGUGCCGACUUGGAGACCCCAGCCCAAUGAACAGCGCACCAGGCCCCUGGACAGUGCUGAGGAUGUAGGCCAACCAUGGGACAUGUUCCGGCCCAGGCCAGUGUCUACAGGUGACCUUGAGAAAGUCCUCCCAGCUGACCUGGGACUCCAGACAGCCAGCACAGAUACCAUGUCCUCCUCCUUCCUCUGCCAGGGGACAGACAUCCCACACCACUCGCUGGACCCCAAGUACCAACGUGACCUGGUGGCCAGAGGUGGCCAGGAGGUGUACCUGUACCCCAGUCCCUUGCAUGCAGUAGCCCUGCAGAGCCCCCUUUUUGCUGUAACUAAGGAGACCCCACAACUCAGCAGCCACUCACCCCCCAGGACACCCCCUUUGGGCUCCAGGGAUCUGAACAGGACCCAAGCUGGGCCAGUCCGUGAGUUAGGCCCAGCUGGAGCAUACAUCGACAGGCUUCUGCAUCUGCGGAGCCAAACCCCCCAGAGGGGCAUCAUUGGGGAGCAAGGACCCCCAAGAUACGGUUCAUCCUCCUCCCCACAGAAGCUGGGCAACCAGAGGUCAGGUGGUGGAAAUCAACCUGACAAGCUGGUCUGUGCCCCAGGGAUAGCUGGGGGAGGGUCAGCUCAGAGCAGGGUUGCCAGUGGGGACAGCUUCCAGCAGCAGGGACCUGUACCCCUCGACACCCAGACCCCAAGCAUCAACCCAGAAGAGGGACCCAAGCCCUGGAAUCACUAUAUCCAUGGGGACAUCACUGUGGGCCUCUCUCCUUGCCCCCAAACCCAGCAGCCCCACAGUGACCACGGCCAAGACCAACUCCUGUCUCCUUCCAGGACAGUGGACAGUGAGAGCCCCUCUCUGGCCCCAGGGCUCUUUGCCUACCCACCCUGCACCACUGGUGAGGUGUCCCCAGUGAGGCUGAAGAUAGGUUCCCCUCAGAGCAAGGCCGUGAAGAUCAGGAGAAGGGCCAGUGACAAGGUGCUGAGGUUUGGGAAACAGCCAGCACCACUGCCCGAUAGAUACCGGGGCACUUACGCUGCUCCCCAGCUGCCCCUGGAGUGGGACCUCUCAUACAGGCCCCAGGGAGGCGGGCUCGGGAGGAGGCCCACCCUGGCCAGGGACGCUCCUGGGAGGUCCUGCUCUGAAUCCACCCUCUACCCUGUGCCGUUCUUUGUCCCCCUGGUAGUGUCCCGGGGGGAGAGUUGCCAGGCUUCCUCCCAAGCCCUGUUCCCUGUGGAAGCAGCCCCCCUCAGUGCAGGGACCAGGAGAAAACAGCGCAAGUGGCAGUCCACUGUGGAAAUCUCAGCCAGGGCCCUCGCGGCCAGUUAUCCUGAACCCCACCUGGCCCCCAGGCGCACAGCUAGGAGAGAAAGUGGCCCCCAGGUCCGGGGCAGGCCCCUGCUGGCUCGUCAGGAUGCCUGUGCCAAGAGUGAGUCGGACCCCUCUGAGCAUUCAGCCGAGUGUGCCUCACUCUUCCACUCUACCAUCGCUGAGACCAGCGAGGAAGAGGCCAGUGACCACACUGCCAACCGCUUUGGGGACCAAGAGUCCAGCCCUAGUGACUCAGAGGGCUAUAUCCAGAGCAGCGGUGGCAGCCUAGCAAUGGAUGGUGCAGAGGCUGGGCCAGGGAAGCUGAACAAGCCUCGGGUGGCCCCCCACAGGGCCCCGGGAGGCACAAGGUUACCUCUGCCCCCCAUGCCCAAACUGUGCCGCAUCAAGGCAUCCAAGGCCCUGAAGAGGAAAAUCCGCAGGUUCCAGCCCACGGCACUGAAGGUCAUGACCAUGGUGUGAGAAGCACUGACCAGGGUGUGACUGUGCUGUCCACCAGACAAGCCCAGAGCCCCAAGAGGCAGCAGGGCCCUUCCAGGCCAUGAGUUGAGCAGACUGGGUUUUGUCAAGUGCCACUCUGCUUUAGCUUCUGCAGUCACCCUGGGAGGAAUCCCCCAGCAGGCUCCAGCCCUGGACCUCAUCUUGAGUUCUGUGGGGUGGUGUUCCCUCCCAGCAGAGAGUCACAGACAACUGUGACAGCAUUUUACAAACCACCUUGACUGCCAGUGCUUCCCACAUCUGUCCAGUGAUCCUAGCCCUAGCUUUCGUCCUUGUUACACUUUGGCUGGGGAGAGGGGGGCAGAUGGAUACUCCGUUCCAAAUCUUUAAGCUGUCCCUCCCAGAAACAUUCUCUUGGAGACACUGGGCCUGCGUGCUAGAAACUGGACUGAACGCCAUGCUAAACUCACAACGUGAAUAAACACUAAUUAUGCCAUUAGC